AUGGAGUUGCCAUCUUGUCCACACACCCUAAGUGUAGAGGAUAUUCUUGAUAAGUUUUCCGUGGAUAUUGGCCAGGGUCUCUCUCAGAAACAAGUUAGUGAGAGGAGGGAAAAAUAUGGUUAUCAUGUGUUGCAUCAAUCUAAGGGUUUGUCGCUCUAUGAACUUAUAUAUGCUCAGUUUGAGGAUUUGUUGGUGAGGAUUCUUUUGGGUGCAGCAGUAUUUUCAUUUGUGCUAACGCUGCUAGAGGGGGAGGGUGGCGGUGUAUCAGCCUACGUAGAGCCUAUAGUGAUAAUGGUGAUACUAGUGUUGAACGCUUUCAUUGGUGUGUGGCAGGAAUGUGAUGCUGAGAAAGCAUUGGAUGCCUUGAAGAAGUUGCAACCACAGAAUGCCAAAUGUUUGCGCGAAGGCAAAUGGCAAAUGCUAGAGACUAGUGAACUGGUGCCAGGGGACAUCGUAUCCGUAGUGGGUGGUAACAAAGUACCUGCUGACUGCAGGCUAAUUAAGGUCUACUCUACAUGUUUUUCUGUGGAGCAAUCGCAGCUAACGGGUGAGUCCGCGUUGUGUUCAAAGCAUGCUAAUGCUCUGGGGAAGGGCAUGGAGGAAUGUGAGAUUCAGGAACGAAAGAACAUGAUUUACAGUUCUACAACUGUUUCUGUGGGUAAUGCACUUGCGAUUGUUACGGCAACUGGUAUGUCCACUGAGAUUGGCAAUAUACAAUCAGCUGUUAUGGAGGCGGCUGCUGAGAAAGAUUCCACUCCAUUGCAAGAGAAACUUGAUGAAUUUGGUGCUUUUCUAUCCAAAAUAAUAUCGGUGAUAUGUGUGCUGGUGUGGGUUAUAAACUUUAGGAACUUCUCGGAUCCUGUACAUGGAAGUUUUCUCGGUGGCGCAAUAUAUUACUUCAAAAUUGCUAUUUCUCUCGCAGUGGCCGCUAUACCUGAGGGGUUACCUGCGGUAAUUACAACCUGUUUGGCGCUUGGAACUAGGAAAAUGGCAAAACAGAAUGCCAUAGUGCGCAAAUUAUCUUCUGUUGAAACUUUAGGGUGCACAACUGUGAUAUGUUCAGAUAAAACUGGGACACUCACCACCAAUGUUAUGUCUGUGAGAACAGCAAUUAGGAUUGAUGAUGGUGACCGUGUUAUAAAGUCUAAAGAGGGUGAAAAAUUGGAUGCUAGAUAUGCUAAGUUGAUAAAAUGUGCUGUGCUGUGCAAUAAUUGUGAUAAGGAAGAAGGAAGUGGUGAAGAAGUUAUCUAUUUUGGCGAGCCCACCGAAAGGGCGCUGAUUAUUCUGGCUCAAAAAAAUGGCAUGAGACUGGAAUAUGGUGAGAGUAGGUUGGCUGAACUGGAGUUUGCACGGGAUAGAAAGAUGAUGUCCACCAUCAACAAGACUGCAGAGGGCAAACAGAUAAUCUACUCUAAGGGCGCGCCGGAAAGUAUACUGGACCGCUGCACUCAUUAUUUGUGUGGAGAUCGCGUAGAAAAGUUGACUGCUCAGAUCAAAUCUAAACUACAUGAGGAGGUGGAUAUAAUGGCUAAAUCGGCCCUACGUACCCUGGCAUUUGCUGAGAAGACGGACGGUGGAGAUUAUUAUGCCAUGUAUACUGAAGGGAUGAAAAGCUCUGAGAACAGCGAAGACAGUCCCGCCUACUUUGCCAAGAUAGAAUGUGGACUCACUUUUUUGGGCAUGGUUGGAAUCCAUGAUCCCCCUAGGAAGGGUGUAAAAGAAGCUAUUGAGAUUUGCAGGAAUGCGGGCAUUAAAGUAAUCAUGAUUACCGGUGACAACAAGCUAACAGCUGAGGCUAUUGCUAAGUCAGUCAAUAUCCCAUUCACCAACAGCUUCACUGGCAAAGAGUUUGAAUCGUUGCCACACGCUGAGAAGGAGAGGGUUCUGAUGGGAAACCCAAUCUUUUCUCGCACUGAACCCAAGCACAAACAGUACAUAGUGUCUAUACUCAAAUCAUUAGGCGAAACAGUUGCCAUGACUGGGGACGGAGUGAAUGAUGCACCAGCGCUUAAGCAGGCUGACAUAGGUAUCUCAAUGGGCAUAAGUGGCACAGAGGUAGCCAAGGAAGCCUCCGAUAUGAUUUUGGCUGAUGACAAUUUUAGCACGAUAGUAUCGGCCGUGCAGGAGGGCAGAUGUAUAUAUAACAACAUGAAGGCCUUCAUACGCUAUUUGAUAUCUAGCAAUGUGGGAGAGGUGGUAUCCAUAUUUCUAACCGCUGCUCUCGGUAUCCCUGAUAGUCUAGUACCUGUGCAGUUGCUUUGGGUCAAUCUGGUGACCGAUGGCCCUCCAGCAACUGCCUUGGGUUUCAAUCCUCCCGAUCCUUUCGUCAUGUCCAAACCGCCAAGGGGAAGAAACGAGAAGCUCAUCGGUAUAUGGACCAUGAUCAGGUACCUCGUGGUUGGGAUCUAUGUUGGUAUAUCCACUGUAGGUAUAUUCGUCCAAUGGUAUAUAUAUGGCAUAAGCCCGAACGAUAGCAACACCCUUGUCAGUUUCUAUCAGUUAGCCAAUUGGAGCGAGUGUAGAAGCUGGAAUGAUUUUUCUCCGAAUACCAUCCCUUACAUGACCAAUGACCCCUGCUCAUACUUUACUCAGGGGAAGAACAAGGCGUCUACAUUGUCGCUAACAGUGCUGGUGAUUACAGAGAUGCUCAACGCCUGUAAUGCUCUAUCAAACCAAACAUCACUGAUUUCCAUGCCUCCUUGGACCAACCCCUACCUUGUGAUGGCCGUGAUGUCGUCCAUUGCAAUCCAUUGCCUUGUCUUAUACACCCCCCCAUUGGCACGUAUUUUUGGCGUUGUUCCUCUUGACAUUUAUGAUUGGAUUGCUGUCUUUUGGUGGUCCUUUCCGGUAGUGUUAAUCGAUGAAUUGCUGAAAUUUAUUUCAAGGAAUUCCUGGAGCGGUCAUAUCGAACAUGCAAUAGAGGGAGCCUUAGCCAGGUUUUCAAUUGGCUACGUCACAUAUGAUAAGAAGGACGAUUGA